AUGUCUAGAUAUCGAGAUUCGGGAUCAGACUGCAAGGUGUACGUCGGGGAUCUGGGAUCUUCAGCAUCUAAACAAGAACUUGAGGAUGCUUUUGGUUACUACGGACCAUUGCGUAAUGUUUGGGUAGCAAGAAAUCCUCCCGGCUUUGCUUUUGUGGAAUUUGAAGAUCCAAGAGAUGCAGAUGAUGCCGUGAGAGGUUUGGAUGGAAGAACAGUAUGUGGUAGAAGAGUUCGAGUAGAACCUUCAAAUGGAAUGGGAGGAAGAAGAAGAGAUAGAGGUCCUCCUCCACGAAGAGGGAGACCUUUCAAUCCUGAUGAUAGAUGUUAUGAAUGUGGAGAAAGAGGUCAUUAUGCAAGGGAUUGUAACAGGCACAGAAGUUCUCGAAGAAGGUUAUUAAGCAGUAAUAAAAUACAUGUAUUUUAUUUAGCUUUAAAUUUGGGUUAUUCAUUCAAUCACAGCCCCAAAAUGGAAAAAUUUUUUAUAAAAUUGUUUAUUCCUCCACUUUAUAGGGGAAUCGGCUGA